GCCAGCGCCGGCCCCCACCGGCACAAGCGCUUAACGCGGGGCUCCCUCUGAGUCCCCACGUCCUGAAGCUUCAGAUCGCUCCCCUGCUGGGGUGCCGUCCCUGGCCCGGCCCUGCUGCGGGGAGGGGGCUCGGCCCCGCGGCCCUCCUGCCUCUGCGGCCCAUUCAUCUUCUGCUCGUCCCUCCCCGGCCGCGCAUCGCGUUCCCGCAGCCGCGUCCGCGCGCUCAUUCACCGCCUGCUUCGGCGCGGCGGGCGGGCGGUGGGCGGACCUGGCCGUCCCCGCCCCAUCCUCGUCCCGGCUCCGUCCCCGUCCAGGUCCCGUCCCCAGCCCCAGCUCCGUCCCCUGCGCCCCGCGCCCGGCUCCGUCCCCUGCGAGCUGGGACUGGGACCGGGAAUGCGGGGCUGGCGGCGCAACCUCGCGUUCUGCCUGCAGCGGCUGCCGGACGAAGACGACCGGCCUUACUGCAAAGGGGGCCAGGACAGGGGCGGUGCUGACGGGGGCUUGGCCUGCCGCAGACAGAGCAUCCCAGAGGAGUGCCGUGGUGUCACUGUGGUGGAGCUGACCAAGAGCGAGGGCAGCACGCUGGGACUGACAGUCUCAGGAGGCACCGACAAGGAUGGGAAGCCCAGGGUCUCCAGCCUCAAGCCCGGGGGUCUUGCGGCCAGGAGUGACCUGCUGACCGUGGGUGACCACAUCCGGUCGGUGAAUGGCAUCCACCUGGCCCGGCUACGCCACGAUGAGAUUGUUGCCCUGCUGAGGAACGUGGGCGAGCGCGUGGUGCUGGAGGUGGAGUAUGAGCUGCCCCUGCCCGCCCUGGAGAACAACCCCAGGAUCAUCUCAAAGAUGGUAGACAUCUCCCUCUACAAGGAGGGCAACAGUUUCGGCUUUGUUCUCCGAGGAGGUGCCCAUGAAGACCUGCACAAGUCCCGCCCGCUCGUCCUGACAUAUGUGCGGCCAGGGGGCCCGGCUGACAGGGAAGGCUCCCUGAAGGCGGGUGACCGGCUGCUCAGUGUGGACGGCAUCCCGCUGCAUGGGGCCAGUCACGCCAGUGCCCUGGCCACCCUGCAGCAGUGCGGCCACGAGGCGCUCUUCCGGGCAGAGUAUGAUGUGACUGCCCCAGACUCUGUGGCCGGGAUGUCUGGGCCACUGGUGGUGGAGAUCUCGAAGAUGCCAGGGUGUGCCCUGGGCAUCUCGCUCACUGCUGGCUGCCACUGGAACAAGCCCGUCAUCACGAUCGACCGCAUCAAGCCGGCCAGUGUAGUGGACAGGAGCGGGGCCCUGCGCGUGGGGGACCACAUCCUGUCUAUCGACGGCACCAGCACCGAGUGCUGCUCCCUGCAAGAUGCCACCAAGCUGCUGGCCGGCAUGGCAGAGAAGGUGCGGCUGGAGGUCCUGCCUGCACCCCAGAGCCGGUGGCCCCCACAGCCCGUGGAUGCAGUGAAGGUACAGAGGUGUGAACCCCCUGGCUGGGAUCCCCACGCGCCCUCCUGCCAUAGCCCGCGGCCCACCUGGGGCCCAGAGCAGAGCCGAGCCCUGUCCUCCAGCCCUUUUUCCUCAUCGCCCGUGGACCAUGCCUCUCCCCGCACGCACCCCAUCACUCUGCCUCGAGGACCCCCUCCCGGGAGCCCACGUGCCACUCCGGGGCGCAGGAGGCCGCGCAGGAGGGAACACAGGAGCUCGAUGUCCCUGGCGUCCAGCAUGGUGGGGCCCGGCGGGCAGAUUGUGCACGUGGAGACCACGGAGGUGGUGCUGUGUGGGGAUCCCCUCGGUGGCUUUGGCCUCCAGCUCCAGGGUGGUAUCUUUGCCACUGAGACUUUGUCAUCCCCGCCCCUUGUGCGCUUCAUCGAGCCCGAUAGCCCAGCAGAGAGGUGUGGGCUGCUGCAGGUGGGCGACCGCGUCCUGGCCAUCAACGGUGUCGCCACUGAGGACGGGACCAUGGAAGAGGCCAAUCAGAUGCUUCGGGAUGCCGCACUGGCCCACAAGGUCAUGCUGGAGGUGGAGUUCGAUGUGGCGGAGUCCGUCUUACCCAGCAGUGGCACCUUCCACGUGAAGCUGCCCAAGAGGCGUGGUGUGGAGCUGGGCAUCACCAUCAGCUCAGCCAGCAGGCGGCGCGGCGAGCCCCUCAUCAUCUCUGACAUCAAGAAGGGCAGUGUGGCACACAGGACGGGCACCCUGGAGCCAGGCGACAAGCUGCUGGCCAUUGACAAUGUGCGGUUGGACGACUGCCCCAUGGAGGAGGCCGUGCGCAUCCUGCGGCAGUGUGAGGACCUGGUGAGGCUGAAGGUCCGCAAGGACGAGGACAACUCCGACGAACAGGAGGCCACGGGUGCCGUGAGCUACACGGUGGAGCUGAAGCGCUACGGGGGCCCGCUGGGCAUCACCAUCUCGGGCACCGAAGAGCCCUUUGACCCUAUCAUCAUCUCGGGCCUCACCAAGCGGGGGCUGGCCGAGAGGACAGGUGCCAUCCAUGUGGGGGACCGAAUCUUGGCCAUCAACAGCGUCAGCCUCAAGGGCCGGCCGCUGAGUGAGGCCAUCCACCUGCUGCAGGCAGCUGGCGAGACCGUCACGCUGAAGAUCAAGAAGCAGCUAGAGGAGCGCCUGCUCAUGCCCCGAAAGUCAGGCAGUGUCAGUGAGGCCAGUGACACCGAAGAGGACCCACCUGAAGCCCUGAAGGCUGGCGCUCUGGCUACUCGCUUCCCGUCCACAGUGUGCAGCGUGGACAGUGCCGUGGAGUCCUGGGACAGCUCCGCCACUGAGAGUGGCUUUGGAGGCCCAGGUGCCUAUACCCUGCAGGCAGCCGUCCGGGGUGCAGCCUCCCAGCAGUGGCGGCACAGCAGGCCUCGGGGCAGCCCCCUACCCAGGGAGCCCCGGAGAACGAGCUACACCCCAGGCCCCAGGGAGCAGUGCUUCCUUGAGGACGAGGAUGAUGACUGGGGGCCACCCUCGAGCCCCACCCCUGUCCCUGGCCCCGGCCCCAGCCAAGAGAGGGGCUUCUGGCCAGCACUGGGAGAGGCCCUGGAGGACCUGGAGUCCUGCGGUCAGUCGGAGCUGCUCAGGGAGCUGGAGGCCUCCAUCAUGGCAGGCUCCGUGCCCAGCGCAGUCCUGGAGGGCGGACCUGGGCCCCGGGUCUGGAGGGGCACACGGGAGCUUCGCACAUCUGCAGAGGAGCUGUGUGAGCUGCUGCUCCCCACGGCGCUGGAGAUGCACAAGGUGACGCUGCACAGAGACUCCACAAGGCGAGACUUCGGCUUCAGCGUGUCCGACGGCCUCCUAGAGAGGGGUGUCUAUGUGCACACUGUGCGCCCUGGUGGGCCGGCCCAGCAUGGGGGCCUGCGGCCCUUUGACCGGGUCCUGCAGGUCAACCAUGUCCGCACGAGGGACUUUGACUGCUGCCUGGCAGUGCCACUCCUGGCCGAGGCGGGUGACGUCUUGGAGCUGGUGAUCAGCAGAAACCCGCUAGCCCCAGGCAACCGGGCCCCGAAGGCACCAGGCCCCCGAAGCCCCCGGAUGCUCUGAAGCCAGGGAGAUCCCGACCUCAGAGCCACUGAGGACCUCUAUGGGGCUGGCUAGGGAUGUGGGAACCCCACUGUCCAUCCAUUGGGCUGGAAGACUCUGUGUUCUCCAAUCCCAUGGUAGAUGGGGUACACGGGGUGAGGUCCCUGUCACAGCAGGAGUGACAUCUGGACCCCUCCCACAGGCUGGGACGGGGCUCAUCCAGGAAGAGAGGCUUGGGCCUCUGGGCCCUGAGGGCCUUCCCAGAAGGGCCAUGUGGAGAGCAGCCAGGAGCUUGCAGGGAGUGAGCUCCAGUCACAGGAGCUGAGCAAGUCGAAGAUGGACAUUGGUGAAGUUAGGGGUCAAAGUGUGGCCCACAUGGGUUCAGGGUCAGCUUCCUGAUGGAGCCACUGCAUCAGAGGCCCCGCACCCAGGACGCACCCAAGGCAGGGCUGUGCUUCCUGCUCUGGGCCCCCAGAAGGGGACUGAAGUCAAUGAGUGACUGUCUCAGCAUCUGGGACUUGAGAGAGGUUGUCAUCCCAGGGAGGCUUGGCACCAGGCUUGAGGGUGCCCUCUGCUGGCUGUGUCAACCUCUCUGUGGGCAGAAUCUGUUGGGGACAAAAGACCAGGAGGUUCCAGUCAGUCACCUGCCCCCUCGAGGAGGACAGGGAAACAGCGAGGAACCAGUGCGCCUUAGUGAAGGCACAGCUCCCCCAGGGCCAGAGCAGAGCAAGUAGCCCAGAGCCAGGUGGAGGAGAGGAGGUGUCCUCUGUCGCCUGUGAAGUUCAUGCCCUCUGGAAUCCGGAAGCACAGGGCCCCUACGACCUCAGCCCAUGGAGCCUUUUUCAUUUUGAGAUGGGCAUGGGUGGGGCUGCUCUGGGAUGGCUCUGCCCCAGCUGACUGUUAGGGUCUUGGGAAGGCAGGGCACCUGCCCCACCUUCUCCACCCAGACUGCUCUGGGAGCCCAGAACUCAUUUCCGCUGUGGGGACAGGUGGGGUCAUGGAUUCAGUCCUUGGCUGGGUGACCCCCUAGUCACAUUCUGUGCUGGACAAUCGAGGUAACAGUCUGAACAGUUACCGGCUUCCAAUCACAGCCAGGACCCCACCCUGUUCCCCCAACUCAGUCAGCUCCCCAAGUGCCCCUGAAGGUCCUUCAUACCUGUGACCAGCUUGCCCAGGUCUCUGAGCAGAAGCCAGGAGCCCCCUCGAGAGCUGGGGAUCGCACAGUCUGGGCAGGGGGCUCAGCCUCUCCAGGCCUCUGCUGAGGGACAGGGCUGAAGUGGACACAUUCCCAGAGCUGGCAGCGGCGUGGGGACACUGCUGGGAUGAGGCCUCAGGCUGGGGGUGAGGGAGGAUGUGUCCCUCGCCCGCCGCCCUGCCAUCCUUGGGUGUAUGCCCUGUGGUCCUCCAGACAUAUGCAACUGGCCUACAGCAGGCAGAGCUUCAGCCACGGCCAGCGGCCUACCCUUCUGGUAUGCAAUACCCUGCUUCUCCUGGGGCUGUCCCGACCACUCCCUGUCUCCCCUGCACCUGCCUGCUAUGCACUUGAGGACCGCUGUGGCCCAUCCUACCCCCAAAGCUGUAUUUUUCUUUGGCUGGGACUAGAGCAGAUUCCUUGUAAAGUAUUUUUGUACUCAGUUUCUUAGGGCUCUGGGAAGCACAGCCCACUGGGCCAAGGCUGCCUGUGGUUUGCUUGGGGCCCGUAUGCGAACCUCGGGGCAGUGCUGUUGGGGUGACUUUUUAAAAUAAAAUUAUUUCAGUGU